AUGAAGACCUCUGUGUCUCAGACUCUGUGUCCAGAGUGUGAUGAAGACCUCUGUCUCAGACUCUGUGUCCAGAGUGUGAUGAAGACCUCUGUGUCUCAGACUCUGUGCCCAGAGUGUGAUGAAGACCUCUGUACUCUGUGUCCAGAGUGUGAUGAAGACCUCUGUCUCAGACUCUGUGUCCAGAGUGUGAUGAAGUCCUCUCUGUCUCAGACUCUGUGUCCAGAGUGUGAUGAAGACCUCUGUCUCAGACUCUGUGUCCAGAGUGUGAUGAAGACCUCUCUGUCUCAGACUCUGUGUCCAGAGUGUGAUGAAGACCUCUCUGUCUCAGACUGUGAUGAAGACCUCUGUAGUGUGAUGAAGACCUCUGUGUCUCAGACUCUGUGUCCAGAGUGUGAUGAAGACCUCUCUGUCUCAGACUCUGUGCGGCUGGUUGGAGGCUCUGGUCUCUGCUCUGGAUCACUGCAGAUAUGGGACCAGUCCUGGAUCUCGGUCUGUGAAGGGGCCUUGGACCUGCGUGGAGCAGAGGUGCUGUGCGGGGAGCUGGGCUGCGAUGCUCCUUCUGUCCUCCAGGGGGAGCUCUCUCCUCUGGGGCAGACGUUCCACUGUGAAGGCCAUGAGUCUGCUCUGGUGGACUGUCCCCGCUCCAGACCCAAGACCUGUCCCUCUGGACCCAGUGAGGACGUCAUCUGCUCAGGUGAGGGGCGGGGCUAA